AUGAUCCUCAUACAUCCACCAACGAUACACCCCAUAUCCCCCGCCAAAGUGGAUAUCUCACUGUUACUCAAACCUGACGAUGAAGAAGAAAACCCGCCUUCACAUCAGCAGCAACAACAAUAUCAGCAGCAUCAGCACCAACAGACAUAUCAGCAGCAGCAGAUAAAUCGUCCGACAUCAUCGUCUUCUUCAGCGGCUUCGUCGAGGAGGACUUCCAUGUUAGCUUCAGGCGCACCGACGCCGAGGGGGCCACCACCAGGAGGGCCAGGCCCAGCGUCAGCAAUGACACCGGCAACAUCAGCAAAUCCAACGGCUAUACUAGGGUCAACGCCGGCGGGGACAAAACGGCAUUCGUCAUCUUCACUAGUGAAUGAGCCGCCGGCAAAGAAACAGUCAAAAUGGUCGUCGGAUGAAGAUGCGCUGAUUAUCGAGUUGCGCGGUAGGGGGAUGAAGUGGGAGGAUAUCAGCAAGAAAUUGCCCGGACGAAGCGCCAUCAGCUGUCGGUUGCAUUAUCAGAAUUACCUCGAAAGGAGGAGUGAGUGGGAUGAAGAUCGCAAGAACAAGUUGGCUAGAUUAUAUGAGAGAUUCAAAGCCGAAAUGUGGGCAAAAGUGGCGGAGGAAAUGGCUAUUCCAUGGAGAGCAGCAGAAGCAAUGCACUGGCAACUGGGUGAACAAGAAAUGGCUCGUCGCGCCGGGGUUGUGCCCUUCUCCCUAUCCAGCGGUUCCUCCAUCGAGCCACCCCCGAAAAUGCGACGAAACACCACCGUCAUGCCUCGACUUCGAAGACAAUCGCUGUCCGUAUCCAGUAUUUCGCAGCGUUCCGUACCGCAUCCACCUCAUCCGUUGGUGAUGCCUCCAGGAAUGACUCCAGGAAUCCCUCUUCAGGGACUAGCGCCUCAAUUACUACCCCCAGCGCAUCACGCUCCUCCUCAUCCUCCACCAGCGCAUCACGCUCCGCCACCUCUACCUCAGCCCCUUCCUCAGGGUCAAUCUCAGGGACAGCCUCAGCUUCCAUCGGUCGAAGAAUUGGCGGCCGGUGUACCAGUAUACAGUUCUCCCCAUACACAAUCCAUCAUGAACCCUUAUCAUCAAGGGGUUCGGCCGGCACAGCAACAGCCACCGCCGCCUCUAACUCGUCCUCAUCCUCAAUCAGACAUUUCCGGCAUGUCACCAACGAUGAUCCCUCGAACGAGACCAUGA